AUGAUACAACUUUUAUUUCCACUUUUGAUGAUCCAAAUGGCAUUCAUCAUCACACUCUCUUUUGCAAAUCCCAUACGGAAAUUGGUGGUCAAGGGGCUAGACCUCUUGAAGCAGGGGAAGAGCCCAUUAGUCACAAAAACUGUAGCAGCAACUAUGCUUGUGGUCUUUGGCUCCACCAUAUAUACCAUAACCAAAAUCCAAAAGCGUUCAUCAGAAACUGGCAUAGUUAAUCCAACUGAUGAGGUUCUACUUGCUCAACGUAUCUUGGAAGCAUCUCUCAUGGGAUUCUCUCUAUUCCUUGGAUUAGUGAUCGACAGACAACACUACUAUAUUAGAGAGAUUGCUUUACUGAGGAAGAACUUAGAAACAGUACAGAAACUGAAACAGAAUCAAGAACAGCAAAAGAGAAGAGGUUCAGAAGAAACUGAGAAGACCAAGGUUAACUAAAUGGAAUGUGAGACAAAAAUUACUAAUAGCCAAUGCAGCAGCUCUGAAAAGGAAAAGUUAG